AAGCUAAUGUCGAGCUGAAAUAGGCAGUCAAAAGCUUUAUAAGUUAACGAAAUUUGACUUACAAAGAAAAUAUAUGAAAUUUUCUUGAACUACUAUUUUAAUUUGAAUAGAGAGCAAAAAUUUUCUUCGCUGAAACUGAAACCUUUAACGAUAUUAUGAUUAAGUGGGUGUUAAAACCGUAUGUUAUAAUUGGUGUUGGCGUUGGAGUCGGUGUUGUCACAUGUGUAAUCCGUGUGUUGCGGCAGCAUAAUAGUGAAGAAAUUGAACAAACACAAACUAAUCGAAUAAGUCGGGCUGUCCAAAUUCCGAAAGGGUUUGUUGGUCAUGUCUUAGGACGAGGUGGAUCAACUAUAAAAGGCAUUCGGGAAAAAAGCAAAGCUCGAAUUACCUUUGAUGAUACAGAUAAAGAAUUUACGAUCGCCACUAUUAGAGGGUCUGUAGAGGAAGUAGAAGAAGCGGUGAACCUUAUCAAUGGGAUAUUGACUAGUCGCCAUGCAUGUGCUACAAAAGAAAUUUUUUUGCAAGAAAAUCUAACUGACUCAGUAUGGAAGAACGUGCAUUAUAUCAGGCAAAUCUGUGAUCUUACUAGAGUAAAAACUAUUUUUGAGUUUUUACCUACUCGUGGUAAAGAGCCAUCUGUAAAAAUCAUUCUGAAAGGAAAAUCAGAAGAGGUUGAAGCUGCUUCUGAAUUGAUUGACAAGCUUGUUGCUGAAGCAGAAGUGAAUUCUGCCAAACAAGUUCAUGUUGCUGGUCGGGCAUUACCUCAAAAUUUGCCCUUACAGAUGACUACAUUUAUAAACAGGAAUCUUCCAUGUGAAAAGCUGAUACCAAAUAGUUCUGAUGGUUUUUUAGAAGUGUAUGUCUCAGCUGUGGAAAAUCCUAGCAAAUUUUGGGUACAAAUCAGUGGAUCCAAAUCAAUACAACUCGACAAACUGGCAACUGAGAUGACAGAUUUUUAUAAUGUAGAAAAGAAUAAAAUUAGGUUUCAACUGAACUCAAUCAGUGUUGGAGAUAUAGUUGCUGCUUUCUUCCAGGGCGAUAACAGCUGGUACAGGGCCCAAGUCGUCAAGGUCUCCGAAGAAGACAGCGAAGACAAAAAAAUUAGUGUGUUUUACCUUGACUUUGGUGACUGUGCUGUACUCUCACCAUCCUUAAUUAGUGUUCUAAAGCCAGACUAUUUAUCAAUACCCUUUCAGGCUAUUGCAUGUAGUUUGGCGGAUGUAUCGCCAAUCGAUGGUGAAUGGUCACAGGAAGCUUCUGAGGAGUUUGAAAAAAUGGUGUAUUUAGGCCAGUGGAAAGUAUUGAUGGCUAAACCAUUUAAGCAGGAUAUGCAAGAGAACAGCGAAAAUCCUCAGGAUUUUGUUGACCUAGUUCAGCUUUUAGACACCAACUCUGAUGAGGACAUUGAUAUUGGGAAUGUGCUUGUUGCUAAGGGAUUUGCUAAGCAAUUAAAAUAGCUGUUUUAAUAAUAAUUUUUUAAGCAAAUUGUGUGUUAUAAGAUUUGCUUCAUUCAUUGCCUCUGUGCCUCACAUUUAUAAAGAUAUUGUUAUGUGGCAUAUAAAGUAUUUGUUGUGAUACCAAAAAUUAUUUUUAACAUUUUUUGUUAUUGUACAGAAAAACCCACGUUUAAUGAGAGGUGUUGGAAACAGAAAGAUGCCCAGUAAAUCUUACUAAAUCUAAAUUCAAUGCUAGUACAUAAAAUUUAAGCAUAGAAAAACAGCUUACAUCUAUUGUUCCCAGAUAAUAAUCUUCAGUAAGAACUGAAAAUAUGUUUGCUCAACAUCGUUUCUUUGUGUUUACAUAAUUUUGUUCCCUUUCAUUUUUGUUACAUAUCAUUAAAUGCAUUAAAUUUUUCAUCAUCUGUAUUUUUUGCAUUUUUCAAAGUUGUUAAAAAUUUAGUGCUGAUUCUACAGGACUAAUAUGUCUGGUGUGUUAAAAAAAAAAUUCUUCUUUGUCUCAUAAUUCGUCUUCCUAGUUUUUUAAAAACUUUUAUCAUUAUUUCUAACAUUAUACUCCCAAAGUUAUUUCCCUUGUUAUGUAAGAAAAUAUACACAAAAAUAUGCUCACUAAAAGAGCUCUUUUACAUUUAUGACAUGGUAAGUACUAGAUAAAUUAUUAAAUUUCUUCGUAAAAUCAGGAAUCUAGGUAAAUGUGUGCUCAUUACAAAUAGCUGCUUCGGUAUUUACUUUAAAACAUAAGAUAUGUUUUAAAAAUAAUAGUUUUAUCUCUUUAUGGCAUUCAAAGUUUAUGAAUUAUAAUUAGGAUGAAAAUAGUUUUUUAAUAAUAAUUAUGUCUUAUUACCUGAAUUAUAAAUAAAAAGGGCUUGAGGCAAUACCAUGAUAAAUUAUAAUUUCAAAUUGUUCUAAAAAUUAUUUCUAUGGUGAAAAGCACCUAGCUUUCAUUGUAGGAAAUAAGAUGUUUCAGUGUACUGUACUGUUAUCUAGUUGAAAUUCGAAGUCUUGUAAAAUUUAUCAAGAAAUAAUACAAAUAAAUUGUUUAACAUAAAAAUGUCGCUAUAUUA